UGCAACUUGCAGAAAUUCGCCCCAAAAGCGGUGUCCUUCAGUGACCUCACAUCCUGUUUUCCCCACUUCCUUGUAAAUGGACCGGUUUGGGACGGUCCGGGUCGCCUCGCAGCGUGGAUCUCUUGCUGUGUCCACCGCGCGUUUCUCCAGACACUCGCUGCACGAUCCGCAGUGUUUGCGGGCUGCAGAGGGCAUCCAAGCAAACUUUAAUGCAGCAGCUCCACCAUGCAGGGGCUGAUCUGAUCCAGCAGAGAGAGUGGAGGCAUCGUUUCGGGACUUCUGAGAAAAUGAAGGCGAACGAGGUGAAGCUCAUCAGCCCAGGCCUGGAGGAUGAGAUGGAGGUGUCGGGUUACAGACCCUGUCUGUGGAAGAUGAUCCUGGUGGGCGCAGGUGUUAUUUGCUCUGGUGGUCUCCUGCUGCUGCUCCUCUACUGGUUACCUGAGUGGGGUGUGAAGAGCACCUGUACUCAAACCACGCUGAAGGACGCACACACAGUGCUGCUCAGGACAACGGAUGAGUUCAGACAGUGGUUUCGAGCCAAAGUGCAUGUGAUGUUGGCUCCUGGGAAGAAGCCCUUUGACAGUUUGGCUUCCCAGCCUGAAAGCCAGGUAACAAAUGGAGACGGAGACCUUGGUGUCAGCGCUGUACACGAAGACUGCUACGGACAGUUUUCUCACAGGCAGCUGGUUCAGGUUCACUAUUUCGUCCACCACAGCGCUCGAUACUACUGGAAUGAUGUGAUGCAGAACUUUGAAUUAUACAAAGGCCUGGAGGAUGUGAAUGUGAGCUGUGCAAGCCUUCACUCUGAGCACAGCUCUGGGCUUUCUAAAACAUUACAAGACUACAGGAGGCUGUUUUUUGGGGAGAAUGAGAUUGCAGUGAGAGUGCCCUCUCUGUUAAAGCUUCUGGUAAAGGAGGUCUUGAACCCAUUUUACAUCUUCCAGCUCUUCAGCAUUAUUCUCUGGAGCUUUGAAGAUUAUUAUUAUUAUGCCUCGGCCAUUGUUUUAAUGUCCAUCAUUUCUAUCGCUACCUCACUGUACACCAUUAAAAAGCAAUACGUCAUGCUGCACGACAUGGUGGCAGCCCACAGCGUGGUUCGUGUUUCUGUGUGCAGAGGGAAUAAAGAUAUUGAACAGGCCAUGUCAACGGAGCUCGUGCCCGGCGAUGUCAUCGCCAUUCCAGCGAAUGGGAUGAUAAUGCCGUGCGACGCAGUGCUCGUCUGCGGAACCUGCAUUGUGAACGAGAGCAUGCUGACAGGAGAGAGUGUGCCAGUCACCAAGACCAGUCUGCCCAGUGCUGGCGAGGAAGGAGCCAGGAGCUACAAUAUAGAUGAGCAUAAAAAACACACCCUCUACUGUGGUACCCACGUCAUCCAGACCCGCUUCUACACCGGAGAACUGGUGAAAGCUGUUGUGGUGAGAACAGGCUUUAGCACAGAGAAAGGCCAACUUGUGCGUUCUAUUCUUUACCCUAAACCCACUGACUUCAAGCUGUACCACGACGCAUACCUGUUCCUGUUGUGUCUUGUUGGGGUGGCAGGCAUCGGCUUCAUCUAUACCAUCGUCCUGAGCAUCAUGAACAAGGUCCCAGCUAAAACCAUCAUUAUUGAAUCUCUGGACAUCGUGACCAUUACCGUGCCCCCGGCCUUACCGGCCGCCAUGACGGCCGGCAUCGUUUACGCACAGCGGCGUCUGAAGCGCGUCGGCAUCUUCUGCAUCAGUCCGCAGAGGAUCAACAUGUGCGGUCAGCUUAACGUGGUUUGCUUUGACAAGACUGGUACUCUGACCGAGGACGGUUUGGACCUGUGGGCCAUUCACAGGGCUGAGGAUGGCAGCUUUUGUUCACCUGAGUCUGAGGCUGCUAAAGUCAGUCUUGUAAACACUACAUUCGUGGCCUGCAUGGCAACCUGCCACUCACUGACCAAAAUAGAAGGAGAGCUCUCUGGAGACCCUUUGGACCUCAAGAUGUUCAGCGCUACAGGCUGGAUCCUAGAAGAACCCACAGAGGAAGAAACCGCGCUCCACAAUCCCAUAAUGCCCACAGUUGUACGCCCUCCAAAGCACAUCGUCCCUGAAGCCCAUCAGAGCAAUCCACUACCUCAGAGCAUGGAGCUUUCUGAAUUAUCUUUCAAACAUGUGACUUUUGCUCCUCAGGCCUGUGAGAUGGGCAUUGUGCGUCAGUUCCCCUUCUCCUCGGCGCUGCAGAGGAUGAGCGUGGUGGUCAGGAGGCUUGGGGCAAAACACAUGGACGCCUUCUUAAAAGGGGCACCGGAGGUGGUGGCCAGCCUCUGCAGACAGCACACAAUCCCACAGACGUUCACAGAGACUCUGGAGGCCUACACCAGGCAGGGCUUCAGGGUUAUUGCCCUGGCACAUCGUCAGCUAGAGUCCAAACUCUCCUGGCACAAAGUCCAGAGCCUCAGCAGGGACGUAAUAGAGACCAACAUGGAGUUCCUCGGUCUGAUCAUUAUGCAGAACAAAAUCAAACCAGAGACUGCUGGUGUUUUAUGUGAAUUACAGCGAGCCAACAUACGCACAUUGAUGGUCACGGGCGACAAUAUGUUGACGGCCAUAUCGGUGGCUCGAGACUGUGGAAUGGUCCGUCCAUGCGAGAAGGUCAUAAUAGCAGAUGCUGGGCCUCCCAAAGAUUUCCAGCCUGCGAGUAUCACGUGGCAUUACACUGAAAACCAAGCUCAGGCUGUUAAGGACAACGAGAUUGUGGAGAUCGAGCUGGAUGAAGGGACCUGGGAUGGGGAGGUUUCUCAGGAGCAAAGUUAUCACUUCGCUGUAAGCGGCAAGGCCUUCGCUGUCAUUAUUGAAUACUUUCCCCAGCUGGUCAAGAAGCUUGUGCUGAGAGCCACCGUGUUUGCUCGCAUGGCUCCAGACCAGAAGACUCAGCUGGUGGAAGUCCUGCAGAGCAUGGAUUACACCGUUGGGAUGUGUGGUGAUGGUGCUAAUGACUGUGGAGCGCUGAAGAGAGCUCACAGCGGGAUUUCUCUGUCAGAGCUGGAGGCGUCAGUUGCGUCACCCUUCACCUCCUCUACCUCAAACAUCUCCUGCGUCCCCAACCUAAUCAGGGAGGGACGGGCCGCCCUCAUAACAUCGUUCUGCGUGUUUAAGUUCAUGGCUCUCUACAGCAUCAUCCAGUUCAUCAGUGUCAUCCUGCUCUACUCGGUUCUCAGCAACUUGGGAGACUUCCAGUUUCUCUUCAUUGACCUCAUCAUCAUUCUUACCAUUGCCUUUACAAUGAGUCUGAACCCAGCCUGGAAGGAGCUGGUGUGGCGUCGCCCGCCGUCCAGUCUGAUCUCAGGCCAGCUCCUCUUCUCAGUCCUGACCCAGAUCCUCACCUGCCUGGUCUUCCAGGUCCUGGCUUUUCUCCUGGUACGACAGCAGAGCUGGUACGAGACAUGGACGCCUGAGUCAGACGCUUGUAAUGUUUCCAGGUCCAUCUUCUCUCUCGGAGUUAACGUAACUGAUCCUCAAAACCAUAAAAACAUCAGGAACUAUGAGAACACGUCCCUCUUCUACAUCUCCACCUUCCAGUAUUUAGCUGUGGCGAUCGUUUUUUCCAAGGGAAAACCCUUCAGACAACCAAGCUACAAGAACUGGCUGUUCAUGCUGACCUGCAUCGGUCUGUACACUUUUCUCCUCCUCAUCAUGCUGCAUCCCUUCCCUGCUGUUGACAACUUCCUGCAGAUCGUGUGUGUUCCCCAUGACUGGCGUGUCACUCUGGUGAUCAUUAUGAUCGGGAAUGCGGCUGCUUCUUUCUUGUUGGAGAUUUUGAUCCUUGACAUCAUCUUGUGGAGGCUAGUUUUCAGAGGCAAUCACAGGGCAAGUCGCCCCGCAGAGUCCUCCUCUGCUCACACGCCGCAGGUGGCCAAUGACCGCUGGGCUUCGUCCGUCCUCUCCUGGUUGUUCUGUCGGAGACACAAGGCACCAAGGGCGCUGUAUAUGCAGCUGGCUCUGGAGCUGCAGGAAGGCAGUGAGUGGCCCCCCCAACCCUCCGCUGUCACCUAUGCCAGUGACCUAAAAUCCAGCAUCUCUGACCUCAAUGUGACUGCCAACCAAAACUCAACACAGGCUAAACCUGAAGCUUCCCUAAAGCUUGUAUGAUGGUUUAAUUCACCUCCUCAAAAUGGGCAAACACCCUGUACUUCUAUCGUAGCCGUACUGUCGUAUCUCGCUACUGAAACUUGAGCCAGAGGAUUAUUAAAGGAAAAGCUUGGCAUUAUUUGUUUUCUCGGUCAAUGUUCAAUGUCUCAUUAAAUUUAGCCUAGCACCAAGCCUGGAAACUGGGGGGAAUAGCUACCUUAGCAAACAUGCUACCUUGGGCCCCAUGAGGGGUUACUGUGGGCAGUCACAUGGGCCACAGUGUCUGAGAACCAGUAUGAAAUGUAGGACGCAUCGGGGCCCCGAACUGUAGCGCAGAGUGUGGGCUUACUCACUGCAGGCCUGUAAUGGGCCACACAGUUGGUUCCUCUCUGCACACAGUACUGGCUGCCCCACUGGGGCCUAACUGUACCUGACAGUGCAGGUUUAAGCCAUGCAUUUCGUGUGAGUCCCAAGGUAGGCUGCAAAACUGGGCCCCUAUGUGCUCUAUCAGAUACUGAGAUAUGAUAUAAUUAUAGCUCAUUGAGUACAUAUUUUCCACCUCACAUGCAUCAAACUGGAGUGAAGAGUGGACCAGAAUGUCACUCAAACAAAAAACAACAAACUACUUAGGGGGUCACCACAACAGGCAGCUGCUCAUAUUUAAUUUGGCAGAUUUUUACACGACUUUCCUGAAGUCCAUUCCAUAUCAACAACAUCCAGCCAUUGCAAUUUUGCCUUUGAACUACCAGAGUUUUAUAUGGGCUAUGUGUUACCAGAGAAGACCCUUAUGGAGACCCAAAAGGGAAAACUGCUAUGGGCUGCACUUAGGCUUUCUUUAAGGAAGCUCAAAACAUGCAUGUGUGGUUUUUCCUGCCCACACAGCACAGUUCACUCAAAUCUGCCCACUAUGGACUCACAUGGUGGCAUUUUUUUGUUGGGCAUCCUGUCUCUGUGCAAAGCUAGGCUCUAAUAGGCAUUCCCUCUUGUUGCUACACUUGGUGUUAAGCUAAUAUUAAUUGCUGGUUGCUGUGCAGGCAUGGUACUGGUAUUGUCUUGUAGUGCCAACCGUUAGUAGCUUAAAAGAAAAUCAAGUACUGCUCUGGACACUAGACACUGGGAAUGGUCAGAUUAAUCUUUCCAUUGUUUUGAGUUUUUUCAUUAUGCCCCACUCUUUGAAAUAUCUGAAAGUCUGACACUGAACAAAAGAUCAGCUCUAUCACAUGGAUACACUGCCCUCCUGCUGUUUUUACCAUUCAGUUACAUUGCUGCUGGUAGAACUUCAAAGCUGUACAAAUUCAAAGAAACUUUCAAAGAAACGUGAGAGAUUUAACGCCUGUUCAUGGGCGUAAAUGGUACUUUCCGAUUUCUGAGGCAGAAAACAUUCCACUGUUGGAUUCUUAGUCUUUUUUUUUUUUUUUUUUUAGUUGCUUUGCCUGAAUUUCUUCCUGUGGAAGUGAAAAGCAGAAAAAUAUCAGUUGAAAUUCUUUUUAUUGCGCAUUUCACCAUUUAACAUCACAAAGGUACUGAAGAGUAAUAAUGUUUUGAUUAAUUAAUCAAACCCAAUCAUUAAAACACUUGCUGCUAUAAAAUGUUUUAACAGCUAAUUUUAAUGUCUAAUUUUGUAAACAAAUAUAUAUAUUUUAAGCAGUUUUAAAAUGUAAUUUUAAAUUAUGUGAUGAAAUGUUCUUUCUUAAUGCAAAACAGAACAUUUUUAACAGAAACUGUAACAUGUUUGUGCUUUCUUUCUUAUCUGGAUCAUGCAAAAAAAAAAAAUGUUUUGUGUUUGCUCUGCAGAACUUCCAUUUCAAUUUGCAAUAAAUCUGUAUCUG